AUGUCUUGGUUUUCAGGCUGGUCAAGCGGCACAACUACCACCGCACCUGCACCAGAGGCAACCAAUGCCCCAAAGACUGCCGAAUCAUCCAACAAACCAAAGCCAUGCUGUGUAUGCAAAGACGAAAAGUCCGCGCGCGACGACUGCAUGCUAUUCUCGAAAUCGGAUGAUCCGGCCCAAACAGACUGCAAGCCGAUGGUGGAGCAAUACAAGAGUUGCAUGGCUGGGUUUGGAUUCAAGAUCUAG